CCCUCCCUUGUUGCCAUGGAAACAGGGCCGGUCCAGGUGGAGCCACUGGCUGGCGUCUGUCAGCCACAUGGGGGGAUGAAUGAGCGGCGCUGGGGAAAGUGGAGUCUGCACUCUUCUUAAAGGAGGUUUCGUGGAAUCGAGCGACCGAGUCGUGAUUUCUCUGCGGAAGACGGAUCAUCUGAAGGGGGCGUGUUUUUUCAGCUUCCGUGGGGAGCGGCAGUUCCAAGAAACGCGCUCCUCAUUCAACUCGGCGCGGACUGGAGCCUCCCGGAGGAGGAAAUGCGGCUGUUUCUGGGCGUUCUUCUCAGGCUAGGGAUCACAGACUGACUGAAGCCCGUCUCUGCAGUCAAACAGCUGGGAAGUUGUUUUCACUGGAUGGAUGGAUCUGUCGCCUCUGAGGAGCGGGGCGGGCAGUCGGAGGAGCAACACCCAGGAAAAUGAUGCACCAUGGAGGGGCAGCCGCUGAACUUUGAGCAACAAAUUCACCUCGGAGCUGCCGGCGGCAUGGGGAGCCGCGGAGACCAGGAGCUGUCGGAGCGACCCUGAGGAGCCACUCUCGUUGUUUUGCUGGAUCUUCUUGCUGACUCUGUCAGUGAGGACCUGCCGGGGGACGGUGCAGCAGGCUCUGCUGUGAUGCUUCAUCUCCAUUCCUGUUCUGUCAGUGUCGGUGUCUCCAGCCAGAUUUUCGCAGUCUCAGAAUGGCUCGUUUUGAAGACGAUGCGUCCAGCCGCUUCAGAGGCAGCGGCCCCGCGGGGCCAGCCAGAGGGGCCAACCGGCAGCCGGGGCCUCCGGGGGGCCAGAGGAUGUACAAACAGACCAUGGCUCAGAGAGCCAGGACCAUGGCUAUUUACAACCCCAUUCCAGUCAAACAGAACUGCCUCACCGUCAACCGCUCCCUGUUUAUCUUUAGCGAGGAUAAUAUCAUCCGGAAAUAUGCCAAAAAGAUCACAGAAUGGCCUCCGUUUGAAUACAUGAUCCUGGCCACCAUCAUAGCAAACUGCAUCGUUCUGGCCUUGGAGCAACACCUGCCAGCUUUGGACAAAACCCCUCUGUCAGAACGUUUGGAUGACACAGAGCCCUACUUUAUUGGAAUAUUUUGCUUUGAGGCAGGCAUCAAGAUCAUUGCCUUGGGUUUUGCUUUUCACAAAGGCUCCUACCUACGUAAUGGCUGGAAUGUAAUGGACUUUGUGGUGGUCCUAACAGGGAUCCUGGCCACUGUAGGGGCUGAUUUUGAUCUGAGAACACUGAGAGCAGUCAGAGUCCUGCGGCCCCUCAAACUCGUCUCUGGCAUUCCAAGCCUUCAAGUGGUGUUGAAGUCCAUUAUGAAAGCAAUGGUACCUUUGCUCCAGAUUGGAAUGCUGCUUUUCUUUGCCAUCCUCAUGUUUGCUAUCAUCGGCCUGGACUUCUACAUUGGCAAAUUUCAUCGAACAUGCUUCAAGAAUGGAACACAAGAGCAGGUGGCAGAUUUCCCUUGUGGACUUGAACCUCCAGCAAGGACCUGUGGCAAAGGGAAUAUCUGUAAAGAGUACUGGCUUGGACCUAACUUUGGGAUCACAAACUUUGACAACAUCCUGUUUGCCAUUCUCACUGUUUUCCAGUGUAUCACUAUGGAAGGAUGGGUGGAUAUCCUGUACAAUGCCAAUGAUGCCUCUGGGAACAUGUGGAACUGGCUCUACUUCAUCCCUCUCAUCAUCAUUGGGUCGUUCUUCAUGCUCAACCUGGUGCUGGGCGUGCUGUCGGGAGAGUUUGCAAAGGAAAGGGAGCGUGUGGAGAAGAGGCAAGAAUUCCUGAAGCUUCGUCGACAGCAGCAGAUUGAAAGAGAGCUGACUGGUUAUUUGGAGUGGAUCUGUAAAGCAGAAGAGGUGAUGUUGGCUGAGGAAGACAAGAACGCUGAGGAGAAGUCUCUGGAUGGAGCUUGGUACAAAAGGAAACAUAACCCCAACUCUGUGCUGAAAAGAACGAAGAAGAGUAAGAAUGACCUCAUCAAUACAGAAGAAGGGGAGGACCAUUUCACUGACAUUUCAUCAGUUGCCCCCCCAGGGUCACCAUUUGCACGCGCGAGUGUGAAGAGCAAGAACGAGAGCUCGUCUUACCUGAGGAGGAAGGAGAAGAGAAUUCGCUUCACCAUCCGCCACCUGGUCAAAUCCCAGACGUUUUACUGGACUGUAUUGUGUCUUGUUGGCCUCAACACGCUGUGUGUAGCUAUAGUACACUAUGACCAGCCAGAGUGGCUUACGUAUGCAUUAUACCUGGCCGAGUUUGUGUUUCUGGGAUUGUUCCUGGCUGAGAUGACCAUGAAAAUGUACGGCCUUGGACCCCAGACCUACUUCCACUCUUCUUUCAACUGUUUUGAUUUUGGGGUCAUUAUUGGGAGUAUUUUUGAGGUGGUCUGGGCUGCGAUCAAACCUGGUGCUUCAUUUGGUAUCAGUGUCCUGAGAGCUCUGCGACUUCUCCGGAUCUUCAAAGUUACCAAGUACUGGAACUCUUUGAGGAACCUGGUGGUAUCCCUACUCAACUCUAUGAAGUCCAUCAUCAGUCUGUUGUUCCUGCUCUUCCUCUUCAUCGUGGUCUUUGCUCUGCUGGGAAUGCAGUUGUUUGGUGGACAGUUUAACUUUGAGGAUGAAACUCCAACAACCAACUUUGACACAUUCCCAGCUGCUAUUCUCACUGUGUUUCAGAUUCUAACUGGGGAGGACUGGAAUGCUGUCAUGUACCAUGGGAUAGAAUCUCAGGGUGGUGUGCAUAGAGGAAUGUUUUCCUCCAUUUAUUUCAUCAUUCUCACUCUUUUUGGAAACUACACACUGCUCAACGUGUUCUUGGCCAUCGCUGUUGAUAACCUUGCAAAUGCCCAGGAGCUUACAAAGGAUGAAGAGGAGCAGGAGGAGGCCAUCAGCAAAAAGCUGGCUCUUCAGAAGGCUAAAGAGGUACAGGAAGUCAGCCCUAUGUUGGCUGCUAACAUUUCAAUCACAACGAGUUAUGUCUGCACCCCAGUCCAUCACUACCUGAGCAAUGAGCAGCAGAGGUCAGUCAAGACGAUGUCUGUCUGGGAGCAGAAAGCCAGCCAGCUGAGGAGGCACAAUCAGGCGAGCUGCGAGGUCUUAUAUGAUCCAGAGGAGUGUGUCCGCCUCCCCUCUGGCCUUCAGAUGCGGCCUGACAUGAAGACCCAUCUUGACCGGCCCCUGAUUGUUGGGCAUUCCGAUAUGCUGUUGAUGAGAAGCCAUCAACAUCACCGUCACAAGCCGGGCACUCCGGAGGAAGCAGAGACUGCCGCUGAUCCACCGUCCACUCCGCCUCAUUCUCAUCACCGUCACAACCGCCACAGAGACAGAGGGCGGGCUAAGGUGAAAGAAGAGCCCAAUGACAGCGGUGGUGACAGUGGCAAAGACGGGAGGCAACACGUCCAUCAUAGCCGCUUCAAAAACCAUGACUACAGCUGUAGACAAGAGGAGAAGAGCAGGAGGUCCUCCAGCAAAGACAGGAGCAGGAAGCAUCACCAUCACAGUUCAAUGGAUGAGAGCGCAGGUGGGGAGGCCACAAGAGAGAGAGAACAUCGGCAUCAUCAUUCACAUCGACAGUCCAGAGGGGGGAAUGGGACAGUGAAUGGUGGGGGUCGAGGCGAGCACAGGCUUCACCGUAAAGAUGGUCGAUCAUCUAACAAGGACGGGAAUAGAGAGGGCAAGAGGAGGAGGCAUCACACACACGGGUCGAGGAGUCAGUCCAGGGCUGAAGGAGAGGAGUCAAACGAGAGAGAGGAGCCAAAUACUAACAGGUUUGGUGACUCAGAUGACAUUUCCCAGCAGCCAGGCUCUCUGGAAACAUCUGGCCAGCCAGAGGACUCAGACAACCAGAAGAAUGUCAGAAGAACAGGCCAGACCUCCAUCCGCAUUCCCCCUGUGACUAUCACCACACCUGGAGAGAUCACUAUGAUACAAAUGAACAGUACUGACAAUGACUCAGUGCCUAUGAAUGAGAAGAACCUGAAGGAUCAAUGUCACUCUGGACCAAGACCCAUCUUAGCUUACAGCUCAAUGUUUAUCUUUGGACAGACCAACCCGGUGAGGCGGUUGUGUCACUACAUUGUGACCCUGCGGUAUUUUGAGAUGUCCAUCCUGGUUGUUAUCGCAAUGAGCAGCAUUGCUCUGGCAGCUGAGGAUCCAGUCUGGACAAAUGCCCCUCGCAACAAUGUGCUCAAAUAUCUGGACUAUGCCUUUACUGGGGUUUUCACGUUCGAAAUGGUGAUCAAAAUGGUGGAUCUUGGACUGCUUCUCCAUCCUGGAUCUUACUUCAGAGACCUGUGGAACAUUCUGGACUUCAUAGUGGUCAGUGGGGCUCUGGUGGCAUUUGCAUUUUCGAGCUUCAUGGGAUCGCAGCAAGCUGUGACCAGGGGGACUAAAGGCAAAGACAUCAGCACCAUCAAGUCACUGAGGGUUCUCAGGGUUCUUAGGCCUCUCAAGACCAUCAAGCGUCUGCCAAAACUCAAGGCCGUUUUUGACUGUGUGGUCAACUCUUUGAAGAACGUGCUGAACAUCCUCAUUGUUUACAUCCUCUUCAUGUUCAUUUUUGCUGUUAUUGCGGUUCAGCUCUUCAAGGGAAAAUUCUUCUAUUGCACUGAUGAGUCCAAAGCCCUGGAGAAAGAUUGCAAAGGACAAUUUCUUGACUAUGACAAAGAAACAGUGGCAGCAAUGCCAAGAGAGUGGAAAAAAUAUGAAUUCCAUUAUGAUAAUGUACUCUGGGCCUUCCUAACUCUCUUCACAGUCUCAACUGGGGAGGGCUGGCCAACUGUUCUGAAACACUCUGUUGAUGCUACCUUCGAAGAUCUAGGUCCCAGCCCUGGCUACCGCAUAGAGAUGUCCAUCUUCUAUGUGGUCUACUUUGUGGUCUUUCCAUUUUUCUUUGUCAACAUCUUUGUUGCUCUGAUAAUUAUCACCUUCCAAGAACAGGGAGACAAGGCCUUGUCUGAAUGCAGUUUGGAAAAGAAUGAGAGGGCUUGUAUUGACUUUGCCAUAAAUGCGAAACCUUUGACACGCUACAUGCCAGAGGACACACAAUCCUUCCAGUACAGGAUGUGGAAGUUUGUCGUUUCAGCUCCAUUUGAGUACUCAAUUAUGAUCAUGAUUGCUCUCAACACUGUGGUACUCAUGAUGAAGUUUCAUAAAGCUCCAGAUUUUUAUGAAGCGAUGCUGAAGUACCUCAACAUAGUGUUCACCACUCUUUUCUCUCUGGAGUGCAUUCUCAAGAUCAUCGCCUUUGGUCCCCUGAACUACUUAAAAGAUGCCUGGAAUGUAUUUGACUUUGUGACAGUUUUGGGGAGCAUCACAGACAUCCUGGUGACUGAAAUCAAAACUACGGACAGACUAUUGAAUUUGAGCUUCCUGAGGCUCUUCAGAGCAGCUCGACUCAUCAAGUUGCUGAGGCAGGGCUACACCAUCCGCAUCCUGCUCUGGACCUUUGUCCAGUCUUUCAAGGCCCUGCCAUAUGUGUGCCUGCUUAUUGCCAUGCUGUUCUUCAUUUAUGCCAUCAUUGGGAUGCAGGUGUUUGGGAACAUUGAGCUGAAUGAAGACACAGCUAUCAACCAUCAUAACAACUUCCGCACUUUUCUCCAGGCUCUUAUGCUGCUGUUCAGAAGUGCAACUGGAGAAGCCUGGCAUGAGAUCAUGUUGUCGUGUCUGAGUCAUCGACCCUGUGAUGAGCUCUCAGGGACCAGUGGGAAAGACUGUGGCAGUGAUUUUGCCUACUUCUACUUUGUCUCCUUCAUCUUCCUCUGCUCCUUCCUGAUGCUGAAUCUCUUUGUGGCUGUCAUAAUGGAUAACUUUGAGUACCUCACCAGAGACUCCUCCAUCCUGGGGCCGCAUCAUCUUGAUGAAUUCAUUCGAGUUUGGGCCGAGUAUGACCCAGCUGCUUGCGGACGGAUUUCCUAUAUGGAUAUGUACAAUUUGUUGCGCAUUAUCUCACCCCCCCUUGGCUUAGGGAAGAACUGCCCUAAUAGGGUAGCAUACAAGCGUCUUGUCAAAAUGAACAUGCCCAUCGCUGAUGACAACACAGUUCACUUUACCUCCACUCUGAUGGGCCUGAUUCGCACUGCGCUGGAGAUCAAGUUGGCCUCAGGUAUGGUGCUGCAGCGUUUAAUGGAUGCUGAGUUAAAGAAAGAAAUAUCCACAGUUUGGCCAAGCCUCUCUCAGAAGACCAUGGAUUUGUUGGUGACGCCACACAAACCCAAUGAGCUAACGGUAGGAAAGGUUUACGCGGCACUGAUGAUCUUUGACUACUUGAAACAGAGUCGAGCGAGGAGGCUGCAGCAGAUGGCCAACUCUGACCCCCAGUGCAAGGUCGAAGCUCUGUUUAAGCCAUUGCUGCCUCUGACUCACAUGCAGGGCUCACCCAGUGCUCCUCAGUCUCAGCAAAGCCCGGAGUCAUUCCGUCAAGUGGUCAGCUCUAACUCCAUCAACAAUGGAGGGAUGCUGCCAGGUUAUGACCCCAGAAAUAAAUCAGUACCUUCCACUGGGAUGGAGAGGCCCACCAAGGGUGUCUAUCCCAAACCAAAGAGAACCAUAUCCAAAGGCCCAUCAGUGGACACAUCAAAUGCUGUCAAUCAGGAGUCAGUAGGGCUGAACAGUGUCAGCAGCACAGUCCCAGUCCCAGUCCCUGGUCCAGGUCUGGAGAGCCAGGGCAGGGCUGCUUCAAUGCCUCGACUCAACGUGGAGCUCCAGUCUGGUCGUGAUGCUAGCUCUAUGAGACGCUCUGUUACCACUGUAGCUCCACAGCGGCCCCAGGAGGUUAACCUUAGGGACUACACCCUAGAGAAACCUCGUCAGGAGAGAACACAUCACCAUCACCACCACCAUCACUGCCACCACCGCAGAGACCGGGACAAAGACAAGAGACAAGGGUCUUUGGAUACCCCUCUUGGGGGCCAACCUCCCAACUCAGCUGGUGGACCAGAACAGCCGGCAACUGAACCUGCUGCCUCCAGAGAGCGAGCCCAUAAACGUGGGCGCUCCCAUGAAAGGAAACACCAUCACUCCUCAGCAGACAAGCAACGCUACUACUCCUGUGACCGCUACUGCAGCCGGGAACGCUGCUGUCCCAUAUCUGCUACUGCCGCCUGCUCCUACAGAGAGGAGCAGGAAACCAGCAAAAAGCAGGGCAGUGGUUUGGUUAAAGGCAGCCAAGAGGCAUCAAGAUCCGGUUCAAGCACACCAAGCCGUGGACGCCGGCAGCUCCCACAGGUCCCACACACCCCACGGCCUGGGGUGGGAUAUAAGACUGCAUACCCUUCUCAAGUGCACUUUGUGUCUAGUCAGGCUUCUCAGAGUCCUGGCCGACUAAGCCGUGGCCUGUCGGAACACAACACCCUCCGUCAUAGUGGUUCCUACUACUUCCCCUGCCCUGUCACUCGUAUCAGCUCAGAGCCCUUUCUGGGCCAGGGCCAUGGUGAGGCCCUGGGCAGUCCUUACAGCAGCUUCCAGAACCAGCUGGAUGUCUUCCAGGAUGUGGCAUCACUGUCCCCUACCCCUAGUGCCGAACAGUCACCCCGGACCACACUGCCUCGAAGGAUGGGAGCCCUACAUCCAACUUUUGGUGUAGACCCGAGUGUGCCCAAUGGGUACCACUUAAGUUUAGGGGGCAGCACCAGCCCAGGCACUGGAUACAGGGCACUGAGGUACAGAAGGUAGAUGGGAAUGAAUGGUGCUACCAUGGCUUUAAACCAACCUUUUUAAUGCAUUUUGAGGCAUUAUUAUGGGUUUUAUCAGCUUUUCUGAAGGCUUUAGUUUACAUGGUCAUUUUGUGUUUAAUAUUGUAUUCUAGCUCAGAAGGUUAAGGUGAUGUUUCACAUGGCAUUCUAAAACGAAAGGGAAAAGACAUUUCCUUUCCCAUAGGAGACACGUUUGUCUGGCAGUUGUUAGGGUGUUUUUUACCUCAGUGUUUUGUCGAAACCACCAUAUUGAGCUUGAAAGAAUAAUUGAAAUGGGAGAAUCAUUGUCUAUGUUCUAGUAAUAAUACCCUACAACUUGAACAGAUAAGAGUCUUAGAGUUUUAGAUAAGACUUAUGCAGACCAGCUGUACAUUCAAAUUCAGCCUUUUUUUGUCUUAUUUAAACGUAGCGUUCAGUGCGGGACAUGGGUUUUUUCUCAUGGUGGCCGUUGUGCUACACAUAAUGCCUUUUGCUAUUGUGGAGAAAAUGAGUUGUGGUGUGUGUGUGCAGCUAACUUUUUGACCAAUAGUUCUUUUAUUAAAACUUAAAGCUGCACUAACUUGUCCUUCCAUAAGUCAGCAAUUAUAACAGAUUCCCCUUUUCAAUGACGAUUUAACAGGUUCAAAUAGCAUCUAAUUCUCCAUGUUGGUGAUGAGUCCACUUGGUUCUGUUUAGUUAUGGAGCUUGCACUGUUCCCAAGUAUUCUUGCAAAGUGAACUCUUGAAAUUCUGUGAAGGAUGUCUCUGAACAGACAUUUUUAGUAUGCUAACCACAAAAUACCAGCGUGUUAUGUUGAUAAUUUCUUUUUUUUUUUUCAGACAGACAUUUCAUCAACAAGACAUAAUAAAGCAAGACUUUCAUAUUUAGAAGUGUAAAUAUAACACCUUAUUACCAAAUAUACAUGCUCAAAUACAUGUAAAUACUCCACUUGACUGUGAGCCUGAAAAGGAGCAUGAUGAAGUUUAACUUAUAUAAUCAUACUCUGUUUCCAUUCAGUAAGUCGUAACAUAAAUAAUCUUCCCAUUUCCCAUAUCUCUUCUAAAUAAAAAUAGUUUCUGAACCAAAUGAAAAUAAUACACACACUCAUAUAUGCAUAUAUACACAUACACAUCUACCUGUAUAUAUACAUAUGUCAUGUAUAACUAUAUACACAAACACACACAUUUACACAUGCAUACACAAACCUACACCCAAAUUGCCCAAGUCAUCCACAGUGUUGUAAUUCCCAGCCAAAUUCAUCACCCCUGUUCAUCCAUUUAUAAUAACCACUUUGAGGCUUUUCUUAAAAUACCUCAUGCUUGGACUUUGCUUCAACUCUUUGGUGAGUUCAUUCCAAAUCUUCACACCAAUGACUGAGAUGCACAUUCUUUUCAUUGUUGUUCAAACAGUUAAAGUUCUGAAGUUGAGGUUUUCUCUAUAGUCAUAUCCCCCCACUCUAACAGUAAACAAUUUUUGAUUAUUUUCUGGUAAUAGUUUGUCUCUAGCUUUGUACAUAAACUGGCAGUUUGAAACUAUUCCAAAUCUGGGAGUUUAAAGAGUAAGAAUCUAUAAAUAAAUUGCUGGUAUGACAGAAAUCAACCUUGUGAACUAUUCGAAUGGCUCUUUUCUGUAAUGUGCAUAAUGGUUGAAGUGACGUUUUGUAGAUGUUGCCCCAAACGUCCACACAGUAACUUAAAUAUGGCAAAAUAAGUGAACAGUAGAAAAUAUGAAUGACAGGGGAGUUUAGAAAUUUUUUAGCAUUAUAGAGAACUGCAAUACUGCAGAUCUUAUUAUGAAUCAAUACUCCUAAAAAACAAAUUUCAGUAAUUCUUUCCAUAUUCACAUUAUCAAUUAUUAUUUGUAAAUCGCUAUCCCCCUUCACAAUUCCCGAAUAACAUAAACUUGGUUUUAUCUAAAUUUAGUGAUCAUUUAUUAAUAUCAAACCACUUUUUCAGUUUGCAUAGCUCUAAAUUAAUUUCAAUCAAAGGCUGCUGUAAAUUUUCACCUGUACAAAAUAAUUUUGCACCGUCUGUAAAUAAAACAAAAUUAAGUAUCUUGGAAACCUUACAUAUGUCAUGUAUGUAUAAAAUAAACAACUUUGGUCCCAAUACUGAGCCCUGGGGAAUACCACAAACAAUGUCCAAGCAUUAGGACUAGAAAUCACCCAUUUGCACAAAUUGUUGCCUGUUGAUGAGGUAACUUUUAUUCAGUGCAAAACUACUCCUCUUAGACCAUAGUGCUCGAGUUUCUUGAUGAGUAUUUUAUGAUCAAUUGCAUCAGAUACUUUUUUUAAGUUAAUAAUAACAAACCAUCAACAACAGGUUUCUUUUUAUCUAAUGAACUGGUAGCCUCUUCUGUUAAUUAAAGAACUGCCAUCACUAUGGAUCUUUGUGACCUAAAUUCAUACUGACUCAGCAAAUAGUUGGUGUUUAUUAAUAAAUCUAUCCAAUCUGGCAAACAAUAUUUUUUCCAAACUUUGGGAGAAUUGUGGAAGUAAAGAAACAAGCCUGUAAUUUAUGAAAUGAUGUCUGUUCCCAGAUUUAUAAAGUGGGAUGACUUUUGCAAUGUUAAUUUUUUGUGGAAAUAUAUCAGUUCGAAUUGACAGAUUACAGAUACAGUAUACAUUAGCGGCUAGAUAAUUUCCACAAUCACCUUCUUUAUUAUUACCAUGUCAAUACCAUCACAGUCAGUUGACCUUUUAUGUUUACAUUUAUUUACUAUAUCUAUAAUUUCUUUUCCUUCCACUGUUGUGGGAAACAUGGAAUCUGGAUUUCUGCUAACUAAUGUAUCAUUUAGUGUUUCAUGUACUGUUGGCCUUGUUUGGACAUUAGUAGCAAAACUCUCUGUUGUAACAUCUUAAAGGGGAGCUUUCAUUUUAUUUUUCACAGUACGAUUUCAACCUUUUUUGAAUCAGUGUGUAAAGAUAUUUUGUCAGCUAAAGAGGAAAAAUUCAUCAAUAGAGCCUAAUUUAUUUGACAGGACACAUUUUUUGUUUAGCAUGGACAUUUUUAGAUUAUUUCAACCAUGUAUAUUAGAAACUCUUAACCAGCAGACAGUGGAAAUGCUUCAGCAUUAGAGCUGUUAGGGAAUUCACAGAGAAGAUCAUGCUUAGAGAUUCAAAAAUCUGAAUUUUAUGUCUGAUUUAAAAUCAUCUUCUCUUGUAAAUCCUUGACCUGCCAACACAGAUUUUAGCUUAUUCAAAUUUCUGCAUAAGACUGGAACACUGAAAAUAAUUUCUUUUCAUCUUCCUGCUGUGAGUGGUUAUUAAUUAUUUAUACUAAGAGCAGCAGUGAUGUCACUACACUCAUGUGAUAAAGCAGUCACUUUAAAACAGGAUGUUACUAUUUUAAGACAAAAACAAAAUUAUUCUUGAGUUGAUAUUUUAAUAUUGAUAUUCUUGAAUUAUUCUUGAGUUGGCUUUGGCUUGUUAAAUUACCAUUUAGCAUUUAAAAAUAGAGUUCUCGCCAUGCCUUAAGAGAAUGUGAUUUUUACCUUAGCUCUGAGAUUUCUGCCAACAUUUCUAACUCUGAAAUGUCUCAUAAUAGAAAGGGGGUUGAUUAAAAAAAGAGCAACUUCUGGUGUUAAACUCUGUCUAGCCUUCCUGUUAUCUACUGAAGCUCCUUCUCUCUCCCACUCUUUCAUUGCCAAAAUGAACCGCAGACAAGUCUCAAAAAUGUCAUAGAAAAUUCAGCUUAAAUACCUUUUUUCAUUUUUAAAUGCAUGACCACAUGUGACCUAAUAGCAACUAAAAUUAUGUGUUUACUCAUUAGAAAAGAUUGAGUUUGAGUUGUUAACUGUACAGACACCUACAGGAUCAAACAGAUUUGUUAAAUUAUGCUUAAAGUCAGUUUCUCUGUGAAUCUCGGCUUAUGUAUCACCCUUGUUGAUUUGUGGGCCAUCUAUGGGAGUGCUUUGGGAUUCUUGCUGUGCUGCUGUGACAAUUGCAGAUCAAGGAACAAAAUGUUAUUGAAAAAAAAAACUUCAAAAGAGAUCUGGGAGAAUAGCUACAAACUAAUGCAACAUGUAACAAUAAAUUCCAAGUUUGGUUGUUCUUUACUAUAAACUGAAGGAAGCAGAACAAUUCUUCAACAGUUAUGUCCUUCUUUAGCUUCUUUUUUACACCGAAGUGCAGCCUUUGAUGAAAUAUUGUAGACAAUUGGAAUUACUAGAAAGUGUUGUUUCAGGUACUUGAAGAUCAGCAUUGCAUGCUGGUCUACAGACACCAUCAUAAUAUCCAGCAGGAGAUCACUGUUACUUUCCCAACAACGGAAGACAUUCAGUGCUUAAAGCAGCUUUGGACCAAUAAUGUGAGCCUGACAACUGUGUUUAAAAUGAUUCAUUGGUCAACGUUUCCUCUUCCAGGUUUCUUUCACAGCCAACAGCACAACCAUUACCACCCACUUUGAGUUAGCUGCAGCGAAAGUAUGGUGGUUUCAACAGAAUAACUAUUGCUGUAAGUCAGGGGAAGAAAACAGAAUAGCAGAUCAGAGGAUCAGUGUAGAGAACCUCAGACUAUACAACACUGUAAAACAAACUCUCACUCUUUAGUCUACAAUUCCACCAUUCCACAAUGACAUCUGAUCUUUUGCAACAUUCCCAGUUGAACAGAUGACUGCUGGCUGAUAGUCAGCACUUCUGUUUUUCUCAAAUACUUCUUUCUUACAGCCUUUACAAAACAAUGCAUGGUUAGCCGACUAGUGUGUUUUCUAUAAGAAGUUCAUUGUGAAUGAUUUUCUUCUGUUGUAUCCAUUUGUUGAAUAACAUGUAAUAACACUGGUGUGUUUUAAGUGAACUGUUUACAGUUUGCCAUUGUUUCAGGUCUAUUUCUUACAGAUUUUCUUUCGUUUGGAAUGUUUUAAGACAAAGUGCCUAUCCUUUUAGAUUUAUAUAACGUAGAAAAUAAUGCAACAUCAACUUUUUUGUAAUGCAUCCACACCAGAAUAGACAGUUGAUUUAUUUUGUAUGGAGCUCUGCAGGAAAACAUGUUGCACAGAAAGCCUUAUCUGCAAGCAACAUUUAUACCUACAGUAAGCUUGAAAAUCAUGAAUUGACAAAUGACCUUAAAAAUGUGUUUUCCUCUUUUUUUUUAAAUUUACAUUAACAAUAUUGCGAGCAUUUAAUUCCUCAUAAAACCAUGGACUAUGAUGUGAGUAAAAUAGUGUGCAUGUUUAGAGUGUAGCUCUGGUCAAACACCUGUAUUUUUGAUAAAGAUGUCAGAGUAUGCCCCCAGGAAGCUCCUGUCUUGUUCACAAUAUAAACCCAUGUGAGGGUCAGCUGAUGUCUGACUGGACAGCAGAAAGCAUGUCUGAGCGAGGGCUCCGAGCAUAAAGAAUGAACGUGGCUUGCUCUUUUAGUGUGUGUGAAGUGUGUAAACUGCUAAGCACAGAUUCUUGCAUAUCUUUUUUUGUAUGUGGAACUUCACUCAUUUACUCUGUUGCCUUUGGAGGCAACUAGCAAAAAAACAAUGAAUGUGAUAAUAUCAUGCCAAGACACUUGCAGCCACUGCUUUCAUUGCCGAUUUAUUACAGUAGAAUACAAUGGCACUAUUAGCUGUGUUCAAAUUACCACUCAAUAUGAUGCAUGCUUAUGUGUGAUGCCAGUUACAGUUGAGUCUUAAUAGUUGAAUAAUUUAGCUACAGAGAAAGA